UUCAGGUCUCGUGUGUCGUAAAUUAAAGGUUUGCUAGAACGAUGCCACCAAAACCAUCUGCUAAAGGAGCAAAGAAAGCUGCAAAGUCACAAAAAGUCCGCGGCAGUGAUAAGAAACGGAAAUCUCGACGUAAGGAGUCAUACUCCGCAUAUAUCUAUCGUGUCCUAAAGCAGGUUCAUCCCGAUACAGGUAUUUCAUCAAAAGCAAUGUCGAUUAUGAAUUCGUUUGUAAACGACGUUUUCGAGCGUAUUGCCGCGGAAGCAAGUCGUUUGGCUCAGUAUAACAAGCGUUCGACGAUUUCAUCACGUGAAAUUCAAACUGCCGUGCGACUCAUUCUGCCUGGUGAACUGGCAAAGCAUGCUGUGUCCGAGGGGACCAAAGCUGUUACCAAAUAUACAAGUUCGAAGUAGUUGUGUGGACGUAAUGUCCAGUGUCUGUGCAGUCUGAAACUUCCUGGAAGUGAUCUCAUGAUAGGGACGAAGGGUUUUGCAGGGAGAAAAAGGCUUUGGGAAUCCAUUUGUUGAAAAUAGUUUAAUAUUUUCAGUCUUUUUAAUUCGGUCUUUGUUGUUAUGAUGCAGCGUAUGAUCGUAUUUCAGAAUCUUGCUACAAACUAUUUAGUUAGGAAUCUACUGACUGAGUGUUGACCAGGAAAGUUCGUCAGGAUCAUGUUGUUAUGUUCUGCAAUGUGGGAUGUAAUGUACUUUUGCUUUGAAUAAAGUUAAAUUGACUUGAGC